AUGACUAUAACAGACAAUUCUACGACAAUCGAUAAUCAUGACAGCGAAGAAAGUCAUGGUACUGUUAUUCUCUUUUUAUCGUAUUCCGUUUUAGCAGCAUGUACUUAUGAAGUCAUCGUAUGUAAACUCUUGAAAAAUCGAUUGCCCAUUCCAUUUACAGUUGUUGUACUUAUCUUGGGACUUAUUAUCGGUGUCAUUGCACAUCAUAUCAAGGGCAAUCCUAACGAUUUUCUAGCUGGUGAAAUUGAACUGAGUGAAAUUAAUCCUCAUCUGCUCUUUUAUAUCUUUUUACCGGCACUUAUAUUUCAUUCAGCAUUUAAUUGUCAUUUUCAUAUUGUGAAACAACAGCUCCUGUCCGCUAUUCUGCUAGCCGGUCCCGGCGUGUUCAUAUCUAUAUUUAUCGUCGCGAUCUGUAGUAUCUACAUAUUUCCUUAUGAUUGGUCAUGGCUCGAAGGUUUUCUAUUUGGGAGUAUAUUGAGUGCAAAGGAUGCGAUUGCAGUAAUUCCACUAUUACAAGAUUCAGAUGCAAGCAAGUUAUUGACUUCGUUAGUCGAGUCAGAAUCGAUAUUGAGCGACGGUUCAACGUUUGUUGCCUUUCUGACUUUUAAAAAUAUUGUUGUCGGCGGUGAUCAUAGUGCGAAAAUUAUCAUAAUAGAUAUUAUCAAAUAUAGUAUUGGUGGACCUGCUUUCGGAUUUGCUUGUGGUAUUAUUUGUGUAUUUAUUUUAAAUCGAAUUUAUAACAAACUCAAUGUGGAAAUUACGAUUACAUUCGGAGUUGCCUAUUUAAUCUUUUAUGUUGCAGAUGUUGAACUUGGCAUUUCUGGCGCUCUUGCCUUAGGUGCAAUGGGUUUGUAUAUGGCAAAAUAUAAAUAUUGUAUUAGCAGCAAAGUGCAAAUUCCAUUGGCUAGUGCAUGGCGAAUGGUUAUUUAUAUAAUUAAUAUCUUAAUAUUCACGAUUACUGGUAUUAUUUUAGCUAAAUCGUUUCUGGGCACAGUUGCAACUAUUUCUGGUCGAGAUUUUGGAUUUUCCAUUGUCUUAUAUCUUGUAAUUCUCAUCGCACGAGCUUUGACUAUUGCUGUUCUCUAUCCAUUGAUGCGACACACCGGUGUGCAUCUAUCGUGGAAAGAUUGUAUCAUUCUUAUAUGGAGUAAUCUUCGAGGAAGUAUGGCACUUAUUCUAGUCCUCAUUGUGUUCUUGGAUGCAAGGAUCGAUCUUCAAACACGUGAUCGUUUUCUAUUUCAUGCAUCAAUCAUCGUACUUCUCACGCUGGUUGUCAAUGGAACAAGUAGCAAGUUUCUUGUGAGAAUUUUAGGCUUGAAUCGCGGUACGAAAGGAAGUCAAAUUAUUUUAGUACAAGCACUUGAACAUAUGCGCCGACAGACUUUACAACAACUAACCAAUAUGAAACAGGAUGAAAAAUUUGCUGAUGUUGAUUGGAAAAUGCUCAGUGAUUAUCUACCGGAUAAACUCUUGGAAGAAUUGGAUCAAGAACAGAACACUACUCUUCGGCGAGAUCUCUCAUGUCAUAGUAAUCUAAAUUUUCCAGUGCAAACCGAAGAAAUUUCUCGACCACCACCGAUAACGACGGAAGGGAAUUUGAAACGUGUACCGACAAUUUAUCAACUAAAUUCCAUGCCGAACCGUUCAUUAGAAGAACCGAACAUCCUUCCUGUAAUCAAUCCAACUGAUACAAAUGAAGAAGAUCGUGAUGAUAUUCGAAAAGAGAUAAUAACACGUUUUCUAACAGCAAGAUCUAUAGAUUAUGAAAAACAAUGGUACCUCGGAAUGAUCCGUCGACGGACAUUGGAUAUCCUAACUGAAUCAGUUGAACAAGCAAAACAAAAGUAUUCCAUCAAAGUUCAUUGGAAAUUGAUUGUUGAGUACUUUCGCUUGUCGAUUUUAUUGAUGAAAUUACUAAAAUUCGAACGGUUUGACAUAAUUAAUCGAUGGAAGAAUAAACUAUUAUUCGAUCACAUAUUCUUAACCAUUGAACUAACUCUAAGUUUCCAUUCAGCAAAAACUCGUAUGCAGAAUAUUUUAGUUAAAUUUCCCGAACUGAUAUACAUCGAUAGAGAAAUACACGACGAAUUAUUACGAGAAGUUGAUACAUGUGAACGAGAUGCUAUGAACAUUCUUCUCGAGUUGAAGCAAUCCUAUCCUCUCUGUUGGGUAAUUCAAAUGACUAAACGGUGUGCUCAAAUGCUUCUCAAGUACGAAUCAGUUGCAAUCAUUCAACUUUACGAAACUGGCAUUCUUGCUGACAAUGAAUAUUCUCAUAUUCUCAAGUUAAUUGAAAGUAAAUCAUUCGUACUGGAAUAUGGCCGUAUUCAAAUGCCACCGGGUCAAAAUAAGAUUAUUGAAAAUGCUUUCAACGUGUUACGAUUGUUUCGUUCGUUAUCUGACAACGAAAAAGAACAUUGGAAAUCUGUUUUGAAGCUACGAUGUACGUGGUUUCAACCAACAGAAGUUCUCGUACAAAGUAAUCAAACUAUCGGCCAUGCCUUUUUGAUUAUUCGAGGUAUUGUUGAAUGUGAUGACGAUCCGAUUCCUACUUGUUACAAAUCGGGUGCUAUGAUUGGCAUCGAUUCAGUAUUCUUUGAACACAUGUCGGCUCGUCGUACGUACAAAGCUGGAAGUGGACUUGUCGAAGCAUAUGCUAUCGAUAGGGAUCUAUUGAGCACAUUAUUAAACGAUAGUAAUUUAUCACGUUCGAUUUACGAUGAAAUCGCACUUCAUACACUUAUCAACAAUUAUCAGACAAGAUUACAAUUAACUCAUGCACAGUUACAGUUGGUUUUGAGUGAAAUUGCGAGCUUUUACAAGAAUGAAUCAGACUUGGAAGUUCAUUUAAAGGCAACUGAUAGAUUGCUCCUACUUUCUGGAACACUUGUUUGUCAUUCGGAUAAUAAGGAAACUACUAUGAAUUCGAUCGAAUUCCUCUCACUCACGGCACCGACAAUGUGCAAACUCAACUCGUCUAGUAUAGUUUACACAUGGACACGCGACGAUGAAAUGUAUUCUCCUGAUGUCAAACUCUCGAAACUUGAUGUUCCAGUACAUCACACUGAAUCAAUAUCUGUUCAACCCUUCUAUCCAAACUUUUUGGGCGAUACAGUUGGACAAUUUAUAUCACGACAUCAUUCGUCGCUAGUGACACGCCCUGUGAGCAAGUCUAAUUUGCUUCAAUUUAUACCCACAGAAAUUGCAGCAAAUGUCGAUAGUAUCGAAAUGUUUUAA